AUGACAGCAAAACCCUCCAUGCUUGAUGUUGACGUGGAACCGCCAACUUAUGACAAUACCGUCAGCGACUCAAGGGCACAGCUCAGCUGUGGAGAAACACCAACCUUGUUCCUGGAUAAAACGACAAUCUUCGCCCAUACCUCACCACCUCGCGCGCUCUAUGAGCUGAGUAACGUUGUGACUGACGCAAAGUCAUUGGUGUAUGGAGUUCAAAAAGUGGUUUACAGAGUCUCUUCAGAAGCUGGCAGCGACAAAGUGAGAACCAGAUUGGACCACAUCUACGACUUCACACAGGACCCACUCAAGGGACUCGAAAGUUUCAGUAUGCAGCUGAACGAUGUCACGGUUAUUCAGGGUCAGAUGAGCUCUAAGAGAACAUAUAAGGAAGUCUACCUGAUGCCCGGCGUCUCUGGGUGGAAGGUAAAAGAUCACUUCAAGGCCGGCGAUAGCGCGGUGCACCAGAUGAAGCACCAAGAUGAGAUCCACUGGAAAAACAUGAAGGGAGAAGUUGUCGCUAUUGAGUCAGUCGCAAAGAGAGACAAGGAAAAGAAACUAUUAAGCAUGCCCCAGUUGGAUGUCAUACUCCCUAUGGACCACAAGGAGUUGGACCUGUUGGUAACAAGCUGGAUGGCGAGGCUCUGGAGGCAGUCAGCUGAUGAAACCAAGGACCCCAUGACCUGGAAAGACUUCAAGGAGAUUUCCAAGAUCGCCCUUAGCAGAAACAAGCUCGGAAACACUUGGGCGUUAGGUGGAUUCCUUGCGGACGCCACAAUCGGCCUGAUAGGCAGAGAGAUGAAUUCAAAUUUACCCAAGUUGUUGCACCUCAAGCGUCGCUUUAAGGCCGGCAUGGUUAGCAAGGAUCCCGCUCCACAUUGGGUGGUAAGCACGCAUCAGUCGGAUAUCGUAUUCCUCACGACGCGCCUAUGGGAAGUGCUCAAUGCAGUUGUAACGCCACGAGAGGAGAAAGCACAGUACGUCGUCACUUACCGGGCUUCCGUUCGUCCAGCCUCCAACUACAUAAGUGCGUCUCUCCAUCUUCAAGCUUCCGCUUCAUCAACACUUACACCUACCACCAUGAGAGCUGCAAGAUAUUACGGCAAGGAAGAUAUCAGGAUCGAACAGGUUCCAGAGCCACCAUGUGGCCCUCAUCAGAUCAAAAUUGCCCCGGCAUUCGUCGGUAUCUGCGGGACUGAUCUCCAUGAAUACCUCGGCGGCCCUAACUUCUGCCCCUCCUCUAGACAUCCGGUCACAGGCGACCAGAUUCCCGUGACGCUUGGCCAUGAAUUCUCUGGCAUCAUCAAGGAGAUAGGCUCAGAAGUCAAGCAGGAGCAUCUCAAAAUCGGCCUCCCUUGCGCCGUGCAGCCUACGAUUUACUGCGGUAAGUGUGCUGCUUGCAAGGCCGGUGCCGAGAAUGCGUGCCACACAGGCGGAUUCAUCGGACUGAGCGGCUGGGGUGGCGGCCUGAGCGAGGCGGUGUCGGUGCCCGCGGAUCAGGUCUUCCCUUUGCCUGAGGGCAUCCCUCUCGAGCUGGGCGCCUUGGUGGAGCCGCUUUCGGUAGCUUGGCAUGCCGUCUCUGCCACUACCGUCACGUCAGAGUCCAAUGUUUUGGUGAUGGGAGGCGGUCCGAUCGGGCUGGCCGCUGUAUUGUGUUUGAAGGCGAAGGGGGUUUCGAAUAUCAUGGUAGCGGAGAUUGCCACCGCCAGGCAAAAUUUCGCAAAGGAGUUUGGAGCAGCACACAUCAUUGAUCCCAAGAGCCAAGAUGUUAUGGAGGAGGUGAUGAAGAUUACUGGUGGCAUUGGCGCUGAUGUCACACUUGACUGCGCAGGUGUACCGGCUAGUGUCAAAGCUGCGUGCAUGGCCGUCAAGACACGCGGCACGGUCAUCAAUGUUGCGAUCUGGGAGAAGGAAAUUCCCUUCAACCCAAAUUGGGUAACGUGGAGAGAAAGCUCGUAUAAGUCUGUACUUGGAUAUCAGAAGAAGGAUUAUCAGGCCGUGAUUGAGAACUUGAAAACAGGAGCCCUCAAGCCUGCCUCCAUGAUCACGAGGAAGAUUCCUUUGGAGGAUCUUGUAGAACAUGGUAUCAAGGCGUUGAUUACGGAUAAGGACAACCAAGUCAAGGUUUUGGUUGAUGAAGAGCCAUCAGACGAUCCGCCUUGA